CUGUAAUUUAUUCUUCUAUGGCGAAAACGAAAUUUUUUUUCAUUGUUAUUAUUGUCAAUUCUCAUUGUCAAUUAUUGUCAAUCUUUGUUGAUGUAUGGAGAAGUUUUUUUUCUAAUUCUUUUCGACACUCAAAGGCGCAACAAUGAAUUAUUCAAAGAAUGCAAGAUUUUUUCCCAACGAAUGUUACGAAUGCAAAUCGAGAAAUAAAUUAAUAAGAUGCGAAUGUAACAUGAUUUCUUACUGCUCGGAGGAUCAUCGCCAAAAACAUUUGCCAAUUCAUGAAAGCUUCUGUCAAGUUCUGACAAAAUUAACAAAAGAAAAAGGACUUUCACACAUUUACGAAGAACUAUUUUCCCUCCACGGUUCCGAUUGGAGUAGAAGAAGAGAGGAAAUUUGCAAGGAAAUAAUAACAAAAUUAGGACGCUGCAUGACGCCACUGGAACUUGGAAUGUUAAAAUCAUCUCGAAUUUGUUACGUGUGCCGCGAAUCGAAGCAAGAAAAUUUAUACAAUUGCCCUCGAUGUCCAGUCGCGACUUUUUGCAAACGUCACUUCGACGAUGAGGUUCACGAGAAAAAUUGUUCCACAAUGCGACGCUAUUUGAACAUAAUAACAAAAAGCGAAGAAUUAAAUCUCGAUCUAAAAUUUCUAUCCUCAAAAUUUCCCUUCUUCGCCGAAGAGACAAAAUUCGGAAUUAUCGAUCUAUUAACCUACACAUUCAAAGUUGCCGAUUUCGAAACAAGAAGUGAACAAUCGAGAGAAAUGAAAAUUAAUCUAAUCGAUUUCCUCGACGUCGCUUCAAAAUUUAACAGUGCAUUGCAAAAAGUUUACGAAACAAUGCCCGAGGAAUUGACAAUUCACGUCGACGCACUCUCCUACGAUCACGCAAUAACAAAGGAAAAUUACUGGGAAUUUCUCCUUCAUCUAAAUCCAAAUUUAAAGCACCUAAAAAUCAUUAUUAUCGGCAUCAACACAUUGGACUAUAAUUUAAAGAAUUUACCCCUCUGUGAGAAUUGUGUAAAAUUCUCAAAAACACUGAGCGUUAAAAAUUAUUCCCUCACCUAUGAGGAUUAUUAUUACAAUUAUUAUGUUGUGCAAAAUAAUUAUCAAGCGCCCGACAUUCUUUUUUACUUUAAAAUUGAGGACGAACGUGAUUUCGAAAGAUCCAAUCGUUGGAGUCAAAUUAAUUGUCCAAUUAUUUUAAUGAUUAGUUCGAAAUUAAAUUUUCAUAGGACGCAAAAUUUUCUCUCACUUCUUUACGUCAUGUUUCGAAUUAUUGGCGAGGUGCAAAUUAAAACGCCAUUCAGUGAUUCAACGCCAUUUGAAGACGAUGAUUAUUUCGUUAUUUUGCAAACGAGAGUGAAUGAAAGUGCAAAAUUAUUUCUCGAUAUUUCGAGUCAAGGUGGAAAAAAUUUAAAGUCAACUGAUGAUUUCAAUUCGAGUUUUGAUGCAUUUACGAAUUGUUUAUCCGAAUCGAAAAAAUGUUCUGAUGAAAAAAGCAAAGAAUCGAAAAAUGUUUUCGAUACUGAAAAAAGUGACAAAGAAUCAAAAAAUGCUUUCGAUACUGAAAAAAGUGCCAAAGAAUCGAAAAAUGAUCAGUUUGAUUUAAAAUCGAAAAAUUCAGGGUCUGUUGAUGAUGAAGAGGAAGAAAAUAUGAAGAAUAAUAAUGUGGAAGCUAGAAAAGAAAAUGAAGGAAAUGAUAGGAAAGAAUGUGAAUUAAUGGCAAUUGAAUUGGGAAAAAUUAACAAAAACGAUAAAAUUGAUUUCCGUCAAUCGUUUUUAAUGAAACAUGUUUUGUAUUUGAAAAAUGAAAAUGAUAAAUUACGGCAGGAAUUAAAUUCAUCUGUCGAGGAAGUGGCGAAAUUACAGACAAUAAUUGAAGAAAUUUAUUCUCAUUUCAAUGAAAAGAACAAAUUGUUGAGGAAAAUAUCGUCCGAUAUUAUUGAUAUUGCGAACAAUGAAAAUGAAAUUAUUGUUUCGUUGCUUACGAAAAAAAUUACUUAAUUGCAAUUAAGUAAGUUCUUUUUUUUAUUACAUUCUUAAUUUUUUCUUAAUUACAUUAAUAUAUUUUUAAUUAUAUUA